AGCAUCUGGAGCGGAAGAAGGUUCUCAGCAGAGACACAGACCCUGAACACCUCCAACAUGAAGCUUGUUCGUGUUUUUCUGUUACUUUUGUGCUUCUACUUAAGUUUUUGCAAGCCCACUUUAACAUCAGACACCUCUCAAGAGGAGGAUCUGGUGGAGGCAAAGUGCUUAGCGAAAAAAUACACACACCUCUCCUGCAAUAAGGUCUUCUGCCAGCCAUGGCAGAAGUGCGUCGAAGGGACUUGCGUGUGUAAACUCCCGUAUCAGUGCCCGAAGAAUGGCACCGCGGUGUGUGCAACUAACGGGAGGAGCUACCCGACAUACUGUCAGCUGAAGAGCUUGGAAUGUCUUCAUCCAGGGACGAAGUUCUUAAACAAUGGGAUAUGCAAAGCUGAAGGAAAAUUCAGUGUUUCCUUGUAUGGAAAUACAAACUCAGAGGGAAUUGUUGAAGUAAAACUCGUAGACCAAGACACGAAAAUGUUCAUAUGUGAAAGUAGCUGGAGUUGGACAUGCAAAGUCCUAAUUAUUCUACCAUCACGUUUCAUUUAUUCUAUUUCCAGAGGUGCCCUUGAUAUUCAAAGAAGGUUUACUUUUCCUGAAGAAACUUAUUUAAAUUCCACUGAAUGUCUGCAUGUGCACUGUCGGGGAUACGAGACCAGUUUGGCUGAAUGUACCUUUACCAAGAGAAGAGCUAAGGGCUACCAGGGGUUAGCAGGUGUGGUGUGUUACACAGAGAACGCAGAAUUACCAACAGAUGAGUCCUUUCAGUGUGUAAAUGGGAAAUACAUUUCUCAGACGAAGGCCUGCGAUGGUGUCAAUGACUGUGGAGACCAAAGUGAUGAGCUGUGCUGUAAAGGUUGCCGAGGCGACAGUUUCCUGUGUAAAUCGGGUGUUUGUAUUCCAAGCCAAUACAAAUGCAACGGCGAGGUGGACUGCAUAACAGGAGACGAUGAAGUUAACUGCGAAGGCUUUGCACCUGCGACUCAAGAAGAAACAGAAAUUUUGACUGCUGAUAUGAAUGCAGAAAGAAAACGGAUAAAGUCAUUAUUACCUAAGCUAUCCUGUGGAGUUAAGAACAGCGUCCACGCUCGAAGGAAACGAGUGGUGGGAGGAAGGCCUGCUCACCACGUGGAAGACUUCCCAUGGCAGGUGGGAAUUAAGGAAGCUGACGGAAUCUCCUGUGGGGGAAUUUAUAUCGGUGGCUGUUGGAUUCUCACUGCUGCACAUUGUGUCAGAGUCAGUAAAACGCACCGUUACCAAAUCUGGACAUCAUUAUUAGACUGGAUAAGACCUAAUCGUGAGAUAAAAGUCGAAUUGGCGAAUAGAAUUAUUAUCCACGAAAAAUACAAUGCAAGCACCUACCAAAAUGACAUAGCUUUGAUAGAAAUGAAAGGCUACCCAAACCCGAAAGUCUGUAAGCUACCUAAGUCCACUCCCGCCUGCGUCCCCUGGUCUCCAUAUCUGUUCCAACCUAAUGACAGAUGCAUCGUUUCGGGCUGGGGCCGAGGAAAAGAUAAACAAAAGGUCUUUUCACUUAAGUGGGGUGAAGUUAACCUAAUUGGCAACUGCUCUAAGUUUUACCCAAAUCGCUUCUAUGAAAAAGAAAUGCAAUGUGCAGGUACAGCUGACGGUUCCAUCGAUGCCUGUAAAGGGGACUCUGGAGGCCCCUUAGUCUGUACGGAUGCCAACAACGUGACUUAUGUUUGGGGUGUCGUGAGUUGGGGUGAAAACUGUGGAAAACCAGAGUUCCCCGGUGUUUACACCAAAGUGGCCAAUUAUUUUGACUGGAUUAGCUACCACGUGGGAAGGUCUCUGAUUUCUCAGUAUAAUAUAUAAAAUUGUCAUCUCCCUCUUCUUUCUACUUUUUCUUCUCUCAGUUGUUCCAUUUUAAUUGAAAUGAAACUGUAUAAUUAAUACUUCUCUAAGGGCAAAAAUGAAGCAAAUCUCAUUGUGUAUUUUUAAAGGUCUCUACAAAGUUUAUGCCAUAUUGGAAUUUUGCUGCAUAAUUCUCAAAUAAAUAUUUGGGGCAAGUAU